AUGGCUUAUCCUUGGCUUCUUUUCGUCUUAUUUUUUGCCACCAAACUGGGCACGUGUGGUGGUGACGUGGGUGAUUUUGGCCCCUGCCUGCAGUUCUUCUACAGCCGCUCGAGGAGGGCCCCAUGGUUCUCCGCCUACGUAUACUCCAUACCAUCAGGGAAGAGACCGGGCGCAUCCUGGAAAUACGAGCCUCAACUGGCUUACCCUGAAGCCAAUGGAAACAUGGAGCUGCUCCCCCAGGGGCUAGUAGACCUGAAUGUGGUGGAGAGCCAGGCCGUGGACCAGGACUACACCAACUCCACCUUCUCCCGUGGACAUCUGAACCCCAGUCUGCACCACCAGGUCCACGAGGACCGCUCCUCCACCUUCACCCUCACCAACGCGGUCCCCCAAAAGGCAGGCUCUAAUGAUGGGCCCUGGGAGACCCUGGAACAAACUGUCAACAAAACCUUAGCAGCUUAUUGCAUUGGAAAAGCCUACAUAGUGACAGGGAUCAUACCAUACCAAAACCAGGAGCAUUGGAUCAAGAACAAGCGUGUGGCAGUUCCAGAGUACUUAUGGUCUGCCUACUGCUGCCCACAAUUCAACAACAGUCUGCCACAAUAUCUGAGAAGUGCCUUUCCAACAUAUGCAGCCAUUGGGCGCAAUGACAUCAAUAGCACUGAGGAAAUUGUGCCCAUUAACAAGGCGGCAAAGAAGCAGUUUUUUGGUUAUGAUGUGAGACAAAUGAGUCUGGAAACUCUGGAGAUGUAUUUGAAACAAAGGUUCAAUUCAGUGGUGAAUGUUUUCUAUGACAGCUGCAGUGAGCAACCAGAUGUGGCAACGUAG